AUGCUGUUGUGCCAGCUUGGCUCCGUGGCGUAUGCCUCAGCCCUUCAGAAGGAGGAUCGACGGAAAGAGAAGCAUGCCACCACCCUGGACUUGGAGCCAGCAGACGAGGAACACGAAACAUAUCGUCUAGCCUUCAUCAGGUCUAGCCUUGGUCCGGUGGCCCAUCACCACCGCACCGUCCGCCCGGCAUCAGCAGAUCUUUCUCAAAGGCUGUUCGCCGAAGGCGGUCGGUCUGACGGUCAGGAGUGGGAAACCAGAGGUCUGGAUAAGGCAUCCAUGCGCCGGAGCUGCAACGCACGCUAA